UGUGCGUGUCUAAGCUUCACGACGAAGACUCAUACGGCGCAGGUUAAAGACAGCAUUUUUUCCACCCACCGGUGCGCAUCUUAAACUCCCCCUCAAAUUCCUCAAAAUAUAAAAACCCUACUUCAAUCUGCAAUUCAUCCGAUUCAAGGGAAGAAGAGUGGUUUAUCAUCUUCCUCUGGUUGAAAUUUUAUGUACAGCACUGUGUGAAUUAUCAGAUUAUUAUUAUUUUUUGUUUGGUUUCGCCGAUCGAUGAGAGACGCCGAAAAUGUCCAAGGUGAAACACUUUCUGCGCAAGCUUCACAUCGGCGAUCACCAUCUGAGGCCGCCGGCCGCGCUCGAUCCUUCCCCUCGGACGGAUUCUCCGCCGGCGGCACAGCCGCCGGCCACCUCGUUGCCGUCGCCGUCUGAUUCGGCUCAAGUGGCGACGGAUAACGGGAGCUCGAGCGGCGGCAGCUUCAAUUUCUUCGAGGAGGAGUUCCAAAUGCAGCUGGCGAUGGCGAUUAGCGUCUCGGAUCCGGGUCAAAGCCGCGUUGACCCGGAGACUGCUCAAAUCAAUGCGGCAAAGCAGAUUAGUCUCGGCUGUUCCCCUUCCCAGAAGCCCUCUGAGUUUAUGUCGCUCCGAUAUUGGAGCUGUAAUGCUGUGAAUUAUGAUGAGAAAAUAGUGGACGGUUUCUAUGAUGUUUGUGGAGUAGAUUCAAAUUUGGUGGUUCUAACGAAAAUGCCAUCACUAGCUGAACUGGAAGCAACUUCUGCCUUGGAUCACAUUGGUUGUGAGGUUGUUUUAGUGAAUCGUGCAGUUGAUAUUGAACUUCGGAAACUUGAGGAAAGAGUGCAUUUUAUGUCCAUGAGUUACCAUGCUCUGGACAGGACCUUGAAUACUAGACUUCUGGUUCAAAAAAUUGCCAAGCUUAUUGUUGAAAGAAUGGGAGGCCCUGUUUCUGACGUGGAAGACAUGUUCAGAAGGUGGAGAGCAAGGAAUCAAGAGUUAAGAAUAUAUUUGAAUACAAUCAUUCUUCCCCUUGGUUGCCUUGAUAUUGGACAUUCGCGUCAAAGGGCCUUGCUAUUCAAGGUACUUGCUGACACAAUCAACCUUCCAUGUAAGCUAGUCAAAGGAAGUUAUUAUACUGGCACUGAUGAGGGAGCUGUGAAUUUGAUAAAAUUGGAUGAUGGCAGUGAAUACAUAAUUGAUCUGAUGGGAUCUCCGGGCACACUCAUUCCCGCUGAGGUACCUAGUGGUCAUCCACUAAAUUUUGGGCUAGAGGCAAGGAGUAUUUCUACUUUUGCUGGUAUUGACAGCAUGUUGGGUACUGCAGAAUCUAAUAAAGGGGGUAAGAUUAGUUUCUUUGCACCCAGUGUGGAUGACACUCAGAAAUCUGCUGGUUCAAGUUCAGAAUCAUCUGCUAUUGCCAUGAAAUCAAAUAUAAAAGGCGGGAAAAUAUCACGAAAAAUGCAGACCAAGCAGUUGGAACAUGAUCAUCGAGAUCUCUAUGUUCCACCAACAGUAUAUGAAGAGUCAUCAUGUGCUGGGAACUAUAAAUUAAGCGGACGGGACUCAUGUCCUGAAGAUGCUUCCUAUUAUGCUUCUAGUGCCGCCAGGGAAGCAGAAUUCCAUGGGGAAGUUCCUACCUUAUGUACUGAGGAGUAUGCACUGGCACCCAAUAAUUUUCCUUUAAACAUGAAUAACUAUGAUAUCAGGGAAGACAAAAUGCUGGAAAUUAAUGGUCAAAUGAGGAGAGGCAGAUUGGUUGACCAGUGCCAGGCAGAGAUAAAUUUGACUACAAAUGAGCACCCUCUUGUACCUGAUACUAGGUUGCAGUUAUUUAACCUGCCCUGUAACAGUAGCAGGGAGCAGCCAGCUGUAGGAUUGGGGACACAACUGUUUAAACAGGACUCGGGAGGAAAUAACCUGGCUCUUAAUAUUCCAGGGGAACAAAAUGUGCUUGUGCGUGAUAGAAAUGAGGGGAUUAUUAUCGAUUAUGAUACUCUGAUUGGUAGAGAACUUGCUGAUUUUUCUGGAAAUGCGGAAGCUAUGUUAAUGUCUGGCAAUGAUCAAUCAAAUGUUAACAUGAUCCACGACGUGCAAAUUGAUCCUGUGCUAAAUGGAGUUGCCGAGAUAUUAUGGGAGGAUCUUCAAAUUGGCGAACGUAUUGGUAUAGGGUCAUAUGGUGAGGUCUACCGAUCAGAAUGGAAUGGAACGGAAGUUGCAGUGAAGAAGUUUAUGAACCAAGAUAUCUCAGGUGAUGCACUUGCACAAUUUAAAUGUGAGGUUGAGAUCAUGAUGAGGUUGAGACAUCCUAAUGUUGUUCUUUUCAUGGGAGCUGUGACGCGGCCCCCAAAUUUGUCUAUAUUGACAGAAUUUCUUCCAAGGGGUAGUUUAUAUAAGCUGCUACACCGUCCAAAUAUCCAAAUAGACGAGAAAAGGCGUAUAAAAAUGGCGCUCGAUGUGGCAAAGGGAAUGAAUUAUUUGCAUACAAGCCAUCCAAUCAUUGUACACCGAGAUCUGAAGACUCCAAAUCUCCUUGUUGAUAAAAAUUGGGUGGUUAAGGUUUGUGAUUUUGGGAUGUCACGUCUUCAGCACCAUACUUUUCUAUCUUCAAAGUCAGCUGCUGGGACGGCCGAGUGGAUGGCCCCAGAGGUCCUGAGGAACGAACCAUCUAAUGAGAAAUCUGAUGUAUAUAGUUUUGGAGUCAUACUAUGGGAACUGGCAACUCUGUUAGUACCAUGGACUGGGAUGAACUCGAUGCAGGUUGUUGGAGCUGUCGGAUUCCAGGGUCGACACCUGGAUAUCCCACACACAGUCGAUCCCCUUGUAGUGGACAUAAUAAACGAUUGUUGCUGUAGAAACCCACAGGCACGGCCUUCUUUUGCACAGAUUAUUACCCGACUCAAGGGUCUGCAACGCCUCACUGUAAAGCUAUAGAAAUCGGCAUUUGAUGUUGGUGUAGAGAAUAGGGAAAAAGCUUGUUUUGGACCCAAAAAUCAAGUAUGAUAAGAGGUAAGAAUCACAGUCAUAUUGGGAACUCGAGAAGCCUUCAACUUCAAAAACUGCAGUGGAGGGAAAAAAAAAAGGCGUUAAUUAGUUGGUGUAGACCUUAAAAAAGGGAAGAGAAAAAUGGUAAAAUGACCAUCUCUUCGUGUUUCUAGGAUCGAAUCAAUGUAGUAUUAUCUAUUUGUAAGAACCUCGAAUAAAAAAAGAGGAUGAAAGAAAAAAAGAAAAAAAGAGUUUUUGCAUCUGUUGAGAUCAUCAAGUGAGCAAGUGUAAAAAUAGGUCUCUGCAGGUUUGUACCCGAAGAAGAGUUUCUUUCUAAAGAAAGUGGAAAUUGCAACUUCAAUCCGUUUAUGUAAAAGUAAAACUGUCGUCGUUUGUUUUAAUUGUGUACCGACCAUGAUCAAUCAUGAGGAGAAAAAAUGGUGAAUGUUGUGAACAACUCAAUUCGACUCUGAAUGUGGAGAACCUGUCUAAUCG